AUGGAUUCCCGAGCUCCCACGGUUGACUCAGUACCCAAGACUGAAAAGGAACCCCAGGCGAGUGAAGCUAUCGCAGCUCAGACGGCUACCACUGAGCCCAACACCAACGACAACGAGGUCACCGCCGGGCCCAGUCGAACCGGGGACGCCGCAGCCAGCCACGGGCACGAUGAUGACACAGCAUCUGUAGCCAGUAGCGCACUCGCAGAGGACUGGAAGCGCUCCUUUGAAGAUGACCUCAUCGAGGCGCUUGCCGGCAUCCAGACACAGGGCACCUUUGCCUCGUUCCACCCUCUGAAGCGCGUAGACCCGGACCUCUGCGUCCAUGAUGUCGGACCUGUUGCCCAGCCGCUGCCGGAGCCGACGGUGCGGCAACUGAUCGAAAAAGCCACUCGUGCUCCGUUAGGUAAGGGGAGUGAGACCAUUGUGGACACUGCUGCGCCCAACACGUGGGAGCUGGACCCCUCGCAAUUCGAGCUCCGAAGUCCGCGCUGGCCGGCGGACUUGCAAAAGAUAUGUGCUGUUGUAGCGAAGGAUUUGGGCGUCACGUCGCCUGUGACGGCGGAGCUGUAUAAGCUUUUGAUCUACGAAAAGGGGGCCGUGUCCAAGGCUUAUACCGACACCGAGAAAUGCCCCGGCAUGUUCGGCACUCUCGUCAUCUGCCUUCCCUGCGGCCACAAGGGGGGCGACGUAGUCGUCAAGCACUGCGGCGAGACGAAGAUGUUCAAGAUUUCAGGGGCAGACCAGUCCUUUGCGUGCUGGUACUCGGACGUCCACCACGAGGUCCUGCCCGUCACGGAGGGCUACCGCGUGGUGCUCACGUACAACCUCACCAUCGACCCGGCGGCGAUGGCGUCACAGCAGCGGCCCUCUGCGACGCUGCGGAGGCAAGAGACCCGCGCGCUGCGGCACACGGUCCGGCGGUGGCUGGAGCGCUCCGAGAACGCCGGGAUCGACCACGUCUACUACGGCCUGGACCACGAGUACGCCGAGGACAACAUCUCAAUUAAGGCGCUCAAGGGACGCGACGCGGCCGUCGUGCAGACGCUGCAGGAGCUUUCGGCUGGGCUCGAGUUUGAUGUUCUUCUAGCGCUGACAGAGAAGAUGGAGAUGGGGCCGGCAGUGUACGAGGGCAAUUCGCGGUAUUCGAAAAAGAAACGGAGCCGGCGUGGGAAGCGGAAGCGGCCGAUUGAUCAUUUUGGAGAUUAUGAUGGAUUGGAUGGAUACGAUUCGUGUGGUGUGCCGUAUGAGGAUUAUACAUCCAGCUCGGACGGGGUCGAGGAAGAUCUAUAUGAGGCGGGCAUGUCUCGUGACAUUGAGGAUGUGACGGACGAGUCGUUGUCUGUCAAGGUGCUUGUGGACUUGAGCGGGCGCCCGAUACUCCGUGACAUCGCGUUGGAUUGGAAAAAUAUGCUUGAUGCUAGCGAGUUCUUUGAAGGCGUUGAACGGAAGGAAGAGUAUGAGGGAUAUCAGGGCAACUGGGGACCAACAGCUACCCACCGGUACUGCGUAACAGCCGCGCUCAUCAUUCGCCGAGACGAGAUCCCUUCGUACCUCAAAGCUAGUACGAGGUCGGGAUGGGAUCACUACCAUGACAGUGCUGUACUGGUCGAUUACCUCACAGAUUCGAUCCUCAAGGCCUCGUCGAACAGCAAGUCAUCGUUCGAGACACUCAAAGACGUAUGGGAUACGUCGGUCCCUCGUCCAGGCAGGCGUACCAAAAAGGCUGAAGACGAGAUCCUGUGCAAAGUGUUGCGAUCUGCUUUGGCUAUGAAGGAUUGGGACUUUUUCGAGAAGGUCAGCAAGAAAAAAGCCGAAAAGGGGCUGGACGGACCACUGCCCGCGGGCUACUAUCAAUUACUUUACGCAGAGGUCUCGCAGGGCAAGGCGGACUUUUCUCAGAUCAAAAACGGCUUGACUUCCACAGUAUUCAGGGGUCGAUAUUUCUUCGAGAUCUUCGAGGCGGUUAAGGCCUUUGCCCCUACCGAUCAGCCCCUGUCUGACGAGAUUCGGGAGUGGGCACAAGCAACGCUCACCACAGGCCUCAAGGACAUUGCCGAUACCGCAAUCUUCGUCCGACAAGAUGGACUGGCUUUAGUGACGGGCGCUGAGAAGUAUGCCGACUUUGGUUGGCUUUCCUCUGUGACGAUGCCAUUGGUCGAGCAGCUACUUGUACGGACGCCAGCGUUUGCACUGGAGUUCCUGUCAGCGCUGCUCUCAUGCGCUAGACGAAAGGCUUUCCCGGUGACUCUGGCCGUCAACUUGUACAAAAAGCUCGCCAAAGACCUCAUCUCUAUGCUCGAUCUCGAAAGGGUUCACGGGCCCAGGGAAGACGACCCAGCCCACAAGGCGGCGAGAUUCACAUACGGCCAGACGGCGCCGUCUCCCCCCGACCACCGCCUCGCCUUGAAUCACAUCGCCCUAGCAGACCUCUUCUCCGGCCUCAUCAAGCUCGCAUCCUCCCCUCCACAAGAGGACAUAGUCCUGCCACUGGCCCUCAAAAUCGUCAGCCACGCCCCAAAAAUGCACGCCCUCGACUUCCCCGUCCUCUGGAUUCCGCUCCUACGCGAGCUCCUCGCCAUCCUCGAAGCCACCAAGACGCCACUCGACACCCCGCGCUACCAGCAACUCUUCGCCGCAGCCUUCGAAGCCUACCGCGAUAACUACGUCGGCUCGAGAUCCGUCCGUCCGCCGUCUGGCCAGCUGGGGAGCGGCAUGUACCUCGUGCAGUUCUGCACCUGCGGCGAUUGCAGCAAACUGGACAAUUUCCUCGCGAACCCGGCGCAGACGUCACUCCGCCUGAUCAUUGGCGCCAAGAAGCAGCGACACCACGUGCACAGGGUGAUCGAGGAGCACGACAUCCGGGUCACGCAUGAGACUGAGCGAUUUGCGCCUGGAGGGCCCACGAUGGUCAUUAACAAGGUGGGGCAGACGGAUGUUGCGAAGCAGCAGGUGAGGGCCAAGGAGGCAGAGGAAGUCUUCAAGGCUUUUGAUCAGACCAAGUUAGGAGUAUUGCUGGGUGAGGAUUAUCCUGCUAUUGCGACAGCAUUGUGGCAGCGGCCGGUGAAUCUGGUGCCAGGGCGGGGGGGUAUCACGUAUCCGCCGGCACCAAUUCCCGCUCCGGCUCCGGCUCCGGCUGCGGCUUAUUUUCCCGCUCCUGUUCCUGCUCCAGGACCUGCUGCGGCAGGUUAUGCACCGCCCGGGCACACUAUUAUGCCAGCAGUCGGGCUUGCGUGGGUUCCACCACCCACGAACAGACAUCAGCCGAUGACCGGGUCUGCCCGCGGCCCGCCGCCGUCACAUUACAACAGGCCAGCAACCGGAUCCUCGUCCGCUCCGCCGCCUAUGAGCGGUGCUCAAUCGAUGAAUGGCUUAAUAAAUGGUCUCCAACCGAUAAACGGGCCGGCACAAGUCCCUAUAGGAAUGUCAGCAGGACAAAGAGCUUUCGCGCCGACAACGGGCAAUGCGGGAUGGCCGUCGCGAUCCCCGCCCUCAGGCCUGAACGGUAUGGGUGCAGCUGCGACUCCUGGGCCAAGUCGGCCUCCGCAACCUGUUGCUGGGGCGAAACGAAAAGCUGAGCCAGAGAUUAUUGAUUUGACUUAG